UGAACGCGUUCGUAAAGAACGUGCCAGAGUUUCUUCGCAGAAAGGACGUGACAAACUAAAUUCUAAUUACAAGGCACUCAAUGAUGCUCUCGCGUUCACACCAUAUGCAAGUAACAAUGCGUCCAAGGCUGAAUCACUAGUAAAUG